AAGACAAAGUCUGAAUACUUUUUGAACCGGAGUCCAGGAGCUUAAUAAAGUACUCCGUAGAAAGAAGUUAUCUGUUAUCCCGUUAAUUAGCAGAAAAAACGGACGAAAACCGUAAUAAACGUCGCCGGAACAUUUCCAGGGCAAGCUCUGAAUAUUAAGGCAUUGUUCGGUUCCACCAUUACCGGUGGGGAACUAUGCAACCGAAGGGACCUAAAGGGUCCAUAUUCAACAGUAGCAUGUGGAGAUGAGCUUCAGUCAAGAGAGAAACAAAUUGGAUCACACCUGCAGGUCGCAGCAAUUCAUAUUAUACCACAAUUUAUCCAGCGGUUGCGCGUAUGGAUUUUCUGUGCAUCGUGCAGAAAUUGAAUUAAUUCCAGUGAAAUUCUGAGCACGCAUUAAUUCCUACUAGGGAAAUUAUUGAAGAAAUGUUACUGAACAAAAUCCCGUGGUGUGCAUAGAGCGUAGUGCCAAGGCAAUUAAAAGGAUGGCAAUUAAAGGCUUCCUUGCCGAUUUACCACACACCCAAGAAGCCAGCAAGAAGACAGGCCAAAACUUAACAGCACACAGAUAUUAGCAAACCAUCACACAUUUCCUUUUCCAACUACCAGCAAAUACUUCCGAAGCAUGCACAUGUUGCCUCCAUAGACACUUGAGCCAAGGAGAAACCGCAAGGAUUUUCCUUCCCAACUCGUACCUAGUGAACUGACGACCACCUCGAUAAACAUGGCCGUCGUCACGGUGGUGGCGCUAGCCGUGCUGGGGGCAUGCGCAUGGGCCGCCGCGGCGGUGUCGUCGGCGGGAGCCUUGUUUGGGGAGGAGGGAGGGGAAGGAGGAGUGGGAAGGGAGGCCACGUAUGAUGGCAGGGCUUUGGUGCUGAAUGGCACCAGGAGGAUCUUGUUCUCCGGUGAGAUGCACUACACUAGAAGCACCCCUGAGAUGUGGCCAAAAAUUAUAGCAAAGGCCAGGAAAGGUGGGAUCGAUGUGAUACAAACGUACGUAUUUUGGAACGUUCAUGAGCCUGUCCAAGGCAAGUAUAACUUUGAGGGAAGAUACAAUAUUGUGAAGUUCAUCAGAGAAAUUCAAGCUCAAGGGCUCUAUGUAAGCCUUAGGAUUGGUCCCUUCAUAGAGGCAGAAUGGAAGUACGGAGGGUUUCCAUUUUGGCUACAUGAGGUUCCAAACAUCACCUUCCGAACUGACAACGAGCCCUUCAAGCAACAUAUGCAAGGAUUUGUCACACAUAUGGUAAACAUGAUGAAAAAUGAAGGUCUUUAUUACCCACAAGGAGGCCCCAUCAUCAUUUCUCAGAUUGAGAAUGAAUACCAAAUGGUUGAGCCAGCAUUUGGCCCAGGUGGCCCACGUUAUGUCCAAUGGGCAGCUUCAUUGGCUGUAGGUCUCCAAACAGGUGUUCCAUGGAUGAUGUGUAAGCAGAAUGACGCUCCAGAUCCAAUUAUUAAUACCUGCAACGGGCUCAUCUGCGGAGAAACAUUUGUAGGACCAAACUCACCCAACAAGCCUGCAUUGUGGACAGAAAAUUGGACAACUCGCUAUCCUAUAUAUGGUAAUGAUACAAAACUGAGAUCUACAGGAGAUAUUACCUUUGCAGUUGCACUUUUUAUAGCAAGGAAGGGAGGAAGCUUUGUGAGCUACUACAUGUACCAUGGAGGAACAAACUUCGGGAGGUUUGCCUCUUCAUAUGUCACAACAAGCUACUACGAUGGAGCACCUCUUGAUGAGUAUGGUCUAAUAUGGCAACCUACAUGGGGUCAUCUUAAAGAACUGCAUGCUGCAGUAAAGCUAUCAUCAGAACCAUUACUGUAUGGAACAUACUCCAAUUUUUCAUUAGGUGAAGAUCAAGAGGCGCAUGUCUUCGAAACGAAAUUGAAAUGUGUGGCUUUCCUGGUCAACUUUGAUAAGCAUCAGAGACCGACAGUAAUAUUCCGUAAUAUAUCUUUGCAACUGGCACCCAAAUCCAUCAGUAUUCUCUCAGAUUGCAGGACAGUGGUUUUUGAAACAGGCAAGGUAAAUGCUCAGCAUGGAUCGAGAACAGCUGAAGUAGUACAGUCUCUCAAUGACACUCAUACUUGGAAGGCAUUCAAAGAAUCAAUUCCUCAAGAUAUAAGCAAAGCUGCAUACACUGGAAAGCAACUCUUUGAACAUCUCUCAACAACUAAAGAUGAGACAGAUUAUCUCUGGUACAUUGCCAGUUAUGAAUAUAGACCAAGUGACGAUAGCCACCUCGUGCUUCUUAAUGUUGAGUCACAAGCACAUAUAUUGCAUGCCUUUGUCAACGGCGAAUUUGUAGGGAGUGUGCAUGGGAGUCAUGGUGCACGCGGCUAUAUAAUUCUCAACAUGACUAUUUCUCUAAAGGAGGGACAGAACACCAUAUCAUUGCUUAAUGUAAUGGUUGGAUCACCGGACUCUGGUGCUCACAUGGAAAGAAGAAGCUUUGGAAUCCAUAAAGUGAGCAUACAACAAGGACAACAUGCACUACAUCUCCUCAACAACGAGUUAUGGGGAUACCAGGUUGGUUUAUUUGGAGAAGGUAAUAGAAUAUACACUCAAGAAGGAUCACACAGUGUUGAAUGGACAGAUGUCAACAAUUUGACAUAUCUUCCGCUUACUUGGUACCAGACAACAUUUGCCACACCAAUGGGCAAUGAUGCAGUAACACUGAACCUUACUAGUAUGGGAAAGGGUGAAGUAUGGAUCAACGGGGAGAGCAUUGGGCGGUAUUGGGUCUCAUUCAAGACUCCAAGUGGGCAACCUUCUCAAUCUCUGUAUCACAUACCACAACACUUUUUGAAAAACACAGAUAAUCUCCUCGUUCUUGUCGAGGAAAUGGGAGGAAAUCCCCUGCAGAUAACAGUGAACACAGUGUCCAUCACAACAGUGUGUAGUAGUGUGAAUGAGCUUUCGGCUCCUCCAGUCCAGUCACAAGGAAAGGAUCCAGAAGUACGUCUACGGUGCCAAAAGGGCAAACACAUCUCAGCAGUUGAGUUUGCAAGUUAUGGAAAUCCUGCAGGAGACUGCAGAACAUUUACGAUUGGAAGUUGCCAUGCUGAAUCGUCAGAAUCCGUUGUGAAACAGGCCUGCAUAGGUAAAAGGAGUUGCUCUAUUCCCGUAGGUCCUGGCAGCUUUGGUGGUGAUCCAUGCCCUGGAAUCCAAAAAUCCCUUCUAGUUGUGGCACAUUGCAGAUGAUAGAAGUAUAGAACACACUAGGAAGUAAGGUUAAGGCCAAAUCCGCAGGAAGCAAGAAUUGGGUAAAUUGAGGGAAGGUUAUAUACUCCUUCCAAUCCAUAUUAAUUGUCUCAAAUUUGCCGAAAUAUGGAUGUAUUUAUGCCUAAAAAGCGUCUAGAUACAUGUAAUAUUUCGACAAUUAAUAUGAAUCGGAGGGAGUAGAUCAAUUGCUUUGAUUCAAAGAA